AUGGCUUUGGAAGAAUUCUACCUAAGUUCAAACCGGCUGACCGGCUCAAUACCUUCGUUGCUAACAAAUAUCACUCUGUUUGACAUCUCCAACAAUAACUUUUCAGGAGUAAUACCAUCAAAUUUUGAAGCCUCCCGACUUCAGAUGUUGCUUAUCUAUUCAAAUCGACUUGGUGGGCACAUUCGAGAAUCUAUUUGCAAAUGCAACAGCUAUUGUAUAUGGAUUUGUCGAAAGGGUGAAAUUCCUCAAUGCUUUGGCAUCCAAAAAAUGCAAUUUCUUCUACUUGGCAACAACAGUUUAUCAGGAAAGUUCCCAGCAUUUUUGCAGAAUAACACAACUUUGGAGUUCUUGGAUCUUGCAUGGAACAAGUUGUCUGGAAGCUUGCCUACAUGGAUAGGAGAUUUGGGGAGAUUACGUUUUGUGCUUCUGGGUCACAAUGCGUUUUCUGAUAAUAUUCCAGCUGACAUAACAAGACCUAGGUCCCUUCAAUACUUGGAUCUAUCAUGCAACAAUUUCUCAGGUGUAAUACCUUGGUACCUAUUGAACCUAACAAUUAUGACAAAAAAAGGACAACAACUUCUAUAUGGUACAACACUUGUAUAUUUUGUGAGCAUUGAUUUAUCAGGUAACUCCUUGACAGGUGAAAUCCCUACAGACAUCACUUCCCUUGCUGCACUGAUGAAUCUGAAUUUAUCAUCAAACAAAUUGAGUGGACAAAUUCCAAACAUGAUUGGGGCCAUGCAGUCAUUGGUAUCUCUUGACCUCUCUGGGAACAAGCUCUCCGGUGGAAUCCCAUUAAGCUUGUCAAGUCUAACAUCUUUGGAAGCCUUGAACCUAUCCUACAACAAUUUAUCUGGAAGGAUACCCUCUGGCCGCCAACUUGACACCCUCAAUUCGGACAACCCAUAUAUUAUGUACAUCGGCAACAGUGGACUUUGUGGGCCUCCUCUCCAUAGCAAUUGUUCAGCAAAUGGUACUUCUAUCCAUGGUGAUCUCGGAAGCAGCAAGCAAGAGUUUGAUCCACUGACCUUUCAUUUUGGUCUUGUGCUGGGACUUGUGGCGGGGCUCUGGAUAGUGUUUUGUGCACUGUUGUUCAAGAGGACAUGGAGAAUUGCUUUCUUCCGGUUCUUUGACGAGGCGUACGAUCAAGUCUAUGUACUUGUGGUUGUGAAGUGGGCAAGGUUUGCAAAGAACACAACUGCAGAAUAA